AUGGUGCCCAAGACCAAGAGCCGCGGUACCUGUGCAGACUUCACAUUCGUCCACAUAUCCCGUCCAGAUGACUCCAAGCAAAGAAGAACCCAAAGAAUCGUUCGGCACCAUGUCAUGGCUCGCGUUGCCGAGUCGCGGAAGAAGCGUCCAAAAUCUAUUACUUUCGAGUUGAGGCUUCCUCCAGCGAGAAUCGAUAGCGUUGCUAUGGAAGGCAACGGGGAGACAGGUGCUUAUAGGGCACAUCAAGACCUGGGCUGCUAUGAGCAUGUUCCUAAUUCGCUUCAUCCCUAUGCGUUAUUUCCUGUGGAAACCGAUGGUAGAGCCCGCCAAUUGAUCCAAUUCAUGCACAACGAGGGGGACUACCUCUAUCGACCAUUCCGACAUGAGUGGUUUGCAAUGGCCGUCAUCGAUAACACCGCAUUCUACCUCUCAUUGGCAAACGCAGCGUUGUUCUUCCACCAGAUGACUGAACGCAAAGGUUGUGAGUACAGUGACUUUGAGGAGUCCUCAAAAUAUCUCAGCUUGUGUCUCAAUCAAGUCGCUCAGAGGCUUGGAAGGGAAUCCCACAAUAUCAGUGAGGGUGUCAUCACAACGGUCCUAGGAUUUCUCUGCCAUGAUUCUACUGUCGGCAAAUGGGAUCGAUACAAUGUCCAUAUGAACGGCCUAAACAACAUUGUCCGGCUUCGCGGCGGUAUUCAAGCUCUGAAUAGCAACAUCGUCAUGUUCACCUGUUGGUUUGAUAUCCUUGGCGCCUCCGUUUUCGAUCGCAAGCCACGCUUCCCGCUUCCUCCUGGCUUCUCCGCUGCGACUUUUGGAAACAACCUUUUCUCUCAGUCUAUGCAGGAUCUCCUCGUACGGGUUCGUAAUUCCCCAGCGGGACUUGCGGACUGCGCAAUCGCCCUCGAAAAAGGGGCACAGUUGGCGGCAUUCGUGAAUGAAAAUGGGGGUGAUCCUUCGUUCUGGAAAGAUGGCGCCAGGGCGGCGAAACGAAUCACGCCGGUCCUUCAUUUUGUACUCUCAUUACGACGCCUGACCGAUACAGAUUCACCUAGCGAUAUUUCUUCGGAGGCAGUGCUUCGCGAGCUGGUCAGACUCGCCUUGCUCAUCUUGGUUGCCAGCGUGAAGCAAGCAUUUUCACUCAUAGCAGAUGAGCUCACCAUACUGCUACAGCGAUUCUCGGCUCUCGUCUCCACAGCCCCUUUUAUUGGCGCUUGCUUUCCGGAACUCAGCCUUUGGGCUAUUAUCAUGGUCGCUUCCUUGCGGUUGAACCAAUACAAUGGACUGCAUGCGGGUGCUACUGUCAACGUGAUGAGAGCUAUGAGAAUCAAAAGUGGCAAGGCUGCCGUUGAUGUCGCGAAAGGUUUGAUCUGGAUUGACGAAUUGAUGGAGAUGAGAGCCCCAAACGUCAUCGUUGCAAUUGAUCACGCUUCGUGCUUGUCCUAGGCAGAUUCAGGAGACUUGGAAUUUAGCACGCUUGCUGGUCAACUUCAAGGGAGCCGCUCAACUCUCGAACUCGCUCCGGCUUGCAAAGCGUCAAGUCUCAUCCUCCGGUAAUUCCGCCACUCGUUGAGAUGAACUGGCCAGUUAUCCAUCGACUCUUUUCCGAGGCAAGAAGAAGCACCGCAUCGGCGAUAUCGUCGACUGUUCCCAUUCUCUCUUCGGCUCUCGUGAGUGGUAUGAGGAAGUUGUGCACAGCGUCGGCAACCGGCCCCUUGGGCAGACCAUCUGCAAUGCCUCGAAGGUCAGUAUCAAGUUCAGGGAAUGACCCAAGAACCAAGAGUAGAGUCGAGGAAUACUCGCGAAACUUGAGUGAUUUUCUUGGCUGGGAGUUACUCACCUGUUGGAACAGGUCCCGGCGCUAUUGUGUUGAUCGUGAUCCCAUGUCCUCGUCCGAGCUACAACAUGACCCGUCAAUAGUCGUCUCAGAUGCUUGCGAUUGAGGGCAAUUGGGUGGAAAAGCCAUCAACAACCAAUCGACGAGGAUCCUACAUACCUCCAUUGCCAUUGCAUAUGACAGCGUAUCCAUGGCGGCUUUGGAUGCACUAUACAACGGAAUUGGCGCCAUGCCCAUUUUCGACGCAAUGGAGCCGAUGUUGAUAAUGCGCCCUCCUCGAGGCAUCACAGAAACCACGGCUUGCGUCAUGUACAGAGAGGCGAAGACGUUAACCGCGAAGGUCUUUUCCACGUCAUCUUUUGUCGCUUGCAUUACUGGGACGAUGGGACCUCCCCCUGCAUUGUUCACUAUGACACAUAAUUGAUCCCAUGUCAACUUUCCAACGAUGCGAGCCGGAAGAAAUGAGGGUAAGAGUUCCGAUUUGAGAUGCCACAUACCUAGGAUAUCGACCUUGUCGACCUGUAAAGCCUUGAGGGAGGUUUCAACAAGAUGCUUCGCUCCCUCCGGGGUCGAUACAUCUGCUCGCACAACAACGGCUCUCCCUCCGGCUUGUUCAAUCUUCUUGGCCACCUCUGCGGCGCGAGGGCCAGACGAUUCGGAGACAUAGUUGAUGACCACCGAGGCACCAUUACGCGCCAGGGCAGACGCAAUACCUGCGCCAAUGCCGUUCUCUUUGGCUGAUCCGGUAAUGAUGGCGACCUUGCCGUUUAGAGCGAGUGUGUCUGGCGACAUGACCACGAGAGAGUAGUCAACAGGGCAAUGGUGAUCCUGAGCAAGUAAGAGCGAAUGUUCUCUUCUUCUGGGGAAAGGAAAUCUGAGAGAAAUGUCUGGGAAGGACACGGUACCUGGCAGGCUACACCCUCGUUUUAUAGGCGACGUCUCCUGGAAACGGCUCUUUGUGUUCCACCGAG